GGGCAAGUACCCAUCGGCAUCUCUCGUCUCAACAAUUUGGUUUCUUUGGAUCUGUCUUCGUAUGGAGAAUCAUUCCUCGAGCUCAGAGACCCGGAUUUCGGAGCGCUUCUCCAAGGGCUUAGUAAUCUGAGGGUGCUUUAUCUUGAUAAUAUGAACAUCUCUGCAAGUGGAGAGGAAUGGUCUGGAGCUUUGGCUAGAUCGACUCCCGAACUUCAAGAGUUAAGCUUGGCAUAUUGUUCACUCUCUGGCGACAUUGGAAUUUCCUUAUCCAAGCUCCGGUCUUUGUCCGUUAUUGACCUUGAACUGAACAGUUUGAACACCACUGUGCCAGAUUUCUUCGUUAAUUUUAGUUCGUUAUCUGUGCUUUGGCUAGGGUACUGCGGGCUUGAAGGUUUUUUCCCCAAAGACAUAUUUCAGCUGAAGAAUUUGACAAUUGUUGAUGUCUCCAAUAAUCCAAUGCUUUCCGGAUCCCUCCCAGAUUUCACCAUGGACAGCGCUCUGGAAAGUUUGAUGCUUUCUCGCUCAAAUUUUUCUUGGGUUUUACCUGAUACCAUUGGCAAUCUCAAGUCUUUGAAAAUACUAGAUCUUUCACACUGUCAUUUCUACGGGAAAAUACCAUCUUCAAUUUGGAACUUAACUCAGCUGAUGAAUUUGUACCUCUUCUCCAAUAAUUUCUCAGGUCUGAUUCCUCCUUUUCAGUCAUCUUUAUCUCCUACAGAUUAUGAAGUGAGAGGUCUUCAAAAACUUACAGAACUUAAUUUGCAUAGUAACUCACUUUCCGGUCCAAUCCCUCAAACUAUAUUUAAUCUACCUCAAUUGCAGACAUUGCUGCUUCCGAAGAACCAGCUCUCUGGCCAACUACCUGAGUUUUCUGAGGCUUCUUUGUUGAAACAUAUUGAUCUCAGCAAUAAUCAGCUCCAAGGAAAGAUCCCAAUGUCACUUUUUCGACUGUCCGAACUUGUAAAAUUCUCACUUGCUAAUAAUAACUUCAAUGGAUUUUUCCAGCUGAACUCCAUCUUGCUUCUCAAGAAGCUGUCAUAUCUUGAUUUAUCUGAUAGUGGAUUGUCUUGCCUUGAAGAAGAUGACAGAUCUUCCUUUUCUUCGUUUCCCAAGAUAGCUACCUUGUAUUUGGUAGGAUGCAAUCUAACCAAGAUACCACUUUUCUUGAUGUUCCAAGAUCAGAUUACCACAUUGGAUCUCUCCCGCAACAGUAUUACUGGUAAUAUACCUAUUUGGAUUUCGAAUGUUGGAAAUGGAAACCUCAACUACUUGAACCUCUCUUGCAACUUGUUCACUUAUGUUGAAGGGCCUUCUUUAAAUUUCUCCAGCGUUUUUAUGGUGCUUGAUCUCCACUCAAACAAUCUUCAAGGACCAAUUCCUCUUCCCCCGCCUAAUCCUUUUUCACUUGAUUACUCAUAUAACAAAUUCUCAUCUUCCAUCCCUAACAACCUUUCCUUAUACUUGAACUCCACUUUGAGAAAUCCCCCCUUCACUCUGCAAUGCAACUCAUCUAUAUGUUCUUGA